AAAUGACGACAACAGAGCUAUUGUGAUAUUUGUGAUACGGAGAAAAAAACGUUGAAUCGCUAUCAAAACACAACUGAAUCACAGCUGAAAUGAGACGUAAUCGAAGAUAACAGUUUUGUGCUUGAAUAAAAUUACAAAAACAUUGACGUGCGUAUUGCAAAAUUUUACGCAAAUGUACGCGAGACAUAAUCAUCAUCCUUUGUGUAAAAUUUAACGACCAUGGCAGCAGCCAUCGCGAACGACUCGCCAAAAUACAGAAACAGCCUAAUAUGCUGCAGCCCGAGCGUAGAAGCAACUUCUAGAACCUCAACAUCGUCUACAUCAGGCAACGUUUCUCUCGACGAAGGAUACGACUCGAAUUGCAUACCAAAAUCAAUUGCAAACAAGAAGUUGAAGAUUCACAGCUCAGCGACCAAGGAAGAGAUAGAAAAAGCUAUAAUACAGUGCAAAGAACUUGUUUUAAACACAGCACAGUGUUCAGACGAGCGAAAAUGGCUUGUGAGGUACCUCGUAGAGUUACGAUUACGUUUGGAAGAUAUCAAAGAAAACAAUGGACAAGCAAGAUUGCGCGUUUCUAUAAAGGGACAUCAUUUUGAGCAGCAAACGAAUCCUUCGAACCGUAAACAGUACUGUGAUCACUGCAGCGGAGUCAUUUGGAGCAUUGUGCAAGGCUCCUACAUAUGCAAUGACUGUGGAUACCUGUGUCAUUACAAAUGUGUGGAUCAUAUAUGCCGAGUGUGUGCCCAUGUUGUUAUGACAGAGAAAGGGAGCUUCGAAAUGAGUAUAUGUCCCGAAAAAGGCCUAGCAGCACAAGACUACAAGUGUGCAGAGUGCCAAACAGCAUUAACCUUCAAGGACAUGUGGAAUGAACCACGAUUAUGUGACUAUACAGGCUUAUACUUCUGCGCUACGUGUCAUUGGAACGAUUUAUCUGCAGUACCUGCACGAGUGAUACAUAAUUGGGAUUGGGAGAAACGGUAUGUGUCACGAAUAGCAUACCAAAUGCUGAAUUUAUCGUGGUCCAGGCCAUAUAUAGACAUAGAAAGGAUAAACCCCAGGCUAUUCAACUUCAUAGCGGAAUUAGAAUGGGUGCACAAGAUGAGGAAAGAUUUAGAAUGGAUGCGACGUUACCUCUGCGCUUGUGCGGAAGGAACGAACUUAUUAUCACCAUUAUUCGUGCAGCUUGGGGACGUCAACAAGAAGUACAGUAUGAGUCACUUGCAAGCUAUUAACGAUGGGUCUUUAGAGACACAGUUAACGGAGCUAACGGAAGUGUGUAGGUCACAUAUAACGAGCUGUGAUCUUUGUUCCGGUAAGGGGUACCUCUGUGAAGUAUGUAAGAAUAAUGAGGUGUUAUAUCCAUUUGACAGUGGGGCUUUGAUGUGUGAUAAGUGCAAUUCUAUGUAUCAUAGAGGUUGUUGGUUACGGAAAGGGCAGAAAUGUCUUAAAUGUUUAAGGUUAGAGGAACGCAAGAAGACGGUUGACGAAGUGCAAACUGAUAUAACGGACACAUUACAAUAUGACAUCGAUAAGUUUGUGAAUUAAAAAUCUUUUUACGCAUUGGCUU